UGUUGUGGUUGUUGGUAGUGGUGGUGGUAGUUGUUGUGGUGGUUGCGGCCUCCCCUCCCGCGCCGCGAUGGCUUUCCAGCCGCUGCAGCACGAGUACCUCGUGAUGCCGACAGUCACCAGGGCCUACACCAGUGCCUGUGUCAUCACCACAGCCGCCGUGCAGCUGGAGAUCAUCACCCCAUUCCAGCUGUACUACAACCCAGACCUCAUAUUCAGGCACUUUCAGGUCUGGAGGUUGAUCACCAAUUUUUUCUUUGGACCGGUGGGAUUCAACUUCCUCUUCAACAUGGUCUUCCUCUACCGCUACUGCCGCAUGCUGGAGGAGGGGUCGUUCCGUGGGCGGACAGCCGACUUCGUGUUCAUGUUCCUGUUCGGGGGCCUCCUCAUGAGCCUGUGCGGCCUGUGUGUGAGCCUGGUGUUCCUGGGCCAGGCGUUCACCAUCAUGCUGGUGUACGUGUGGAGCCGACGCAAUCCCUUCGUGCGCAUGAACUUCUUUGGGCUGCUCAACUUCCAGGCGCCGUUCCUGCCCUGGGUGCUCAUGGGCUUCUCGCUGCUGCUGGGGAACUCUGUCAUCGUGGACUUGCUGGGUAUAGCGGUGGGUCACGUGUACUACUUCCUGGAGGACGUCUUCCCCACGCAGCCCGGAGGGUCUCGCCUCCUCAAGACGCCGCACCUGCUGUGA